UGGCCCGUUAAGAGCCUGCGGGCUGCGUCAGAAGCCUCAGAGCCCUGGCAUGGUGCUGCCUGUCUUCGGGGCUCCUGCCUGGGGCAUCAGUGCCAGUCCCUUGGAUGGCCUCCAGGAUGGUGAUCUCCGCCCACCCCAAAAUUCUGCUGCAGCUGAUACAAAAAGACCAGCCAGGAGGACCAGGAGCAAGGGUCCGAGAGAAGGUCUUGGAGGAGUUCCUCUGCGACCAGAAGUACAGCGAUGAGGAGAACCUGCCGGAGAAGCUCGCGGCCUUCAAAGAGAAGUACAUGGAGUUCGACCUGAACAAUGAGGGCGAGAUUGACCUGAUGUCCCUGAAGAGGAUGAUGGAGAAGCUUGGGGUGCCCAAGACCCACCUGGAGAUGAAAAAGAUGAUCUCGGAGGUGACUGGCGGGGUCAGCGACACUAUCUCCUACCGAGACUUUGUCAACAUGAUGCUGGGGAAGCGGUCUGCGGUCCUCAAGCUAGUCAUGAUGUUUGAAGGCAAAGCCAAUGAGAGCGGCCCCAAGCCGGCGGGGCCUCCUCCUGAGAGAGACAUUUCGAGUCUGCCCUGAGGACCCAGACCACGGCCUCCUGCUCCUCCCCACCCCAUCUCCCGCCCUUCUUUCCUGACUCUUUGGGAUUUAUGUACAUGUGUCUGGCCCCUGUGGGCUUGUGUUUUCUUAUUCUCUUUGUAAAGCACAAAUUAUCUGCCUUAAAGACUCUGGGUUGGGAACUCCUGAGCCUUGGGUUUCCCCAAUUGCCUAUCUUCUUCCUGCCUUUUCCUGGCCUUGGGCAGAAGGGCUGAUAUCAAACCAAAAACCGGAGAGGGCAGGGCCGAGGCAGAGGCGCUACCUCCAUCCUCCCAGAAUGCCUGCGACCCCAGUGCCAGGUCCCAAAAGCCUGGGGGGGAAAGGGCUACAGGCCUCAUUUAGGUUCCCUUGCAGAGCCCCAUGUUUCCAGUGCUCUCGGGUACCCUGGACGUAGCCACUCUGCCUCCAACCCCACAGAUCCCCCCCUUGACACACCCCUCUGGUCACCCCCAAGCAUGUGAUACGGGUGGAAAGGAAGGGAGCUUAGCCGUCCUUGCCCUUCCAGAAGAAACCGGAAGAAACCUUCUGGCCUUGCUCCCUGGCCACACCUCCCUGUUAGAGAAGCAAAAGGCUUCGGAGGUGGAGGUGAGGCUAGGGGCUCCAGGAAGUGUCAACCGGGAAGUCCAGCCCUGCAGGGAGGACACAGAGGGCCCCAGGAUGGGAGACAGGAAAAUGCUUGUGCAAAAGCCAGCACCCCGGUAAGCCAGCAGUCAGUGACAGGUUGUCCUUCUGAUCGCAAUCGCCUGAGGCCCGACUGCCUCCUCCAUGUCCCCUCUUACCCUGCUUGUGCUGCUCACACAUUCCUCCAUGUAGUCACUCAGCAUAUUUAUUGAGCACCUAUUAUGAGCUUUAAGUCCUUCCACUUUACCUCGACCUGGGCUGUGCCCACUGUUUCUAACUCAUCUUUCCUUCCCUGAGUCACUCAAAACCUUGGGCCUUGGGAUUGGACUGGGCUACCUGUGUCCCUUUUAGGGACUCAGGAUGGCAGAGCCCCCAUCUGCCCUGUAGGGGAGCUGGGCCUCUCCACUUCCGCUGUGAUGGCCACUGGGGUUAACUGCUUUGCCCAAGGCCAGGGGAAUCUGGAGACGGAAGAGCCUGCCCGAGCCUCGCGUCUGCUCUGGGUGCGUCAGUGUCACAAGCGGGGAAGGGGGCAGAGGGCCAACGUCCUGGGCCAGUACUCAGGAAGGCUUAUCUCAUCUUUCCAGUAAGCGUCAGGGCUGGGUGAGGGCCAGGCCUGCUCUGCGGUUCCUCUGUGACCUGCUUCUCAGACCCAGGCAGGCCAGUGUCAGAUGUCCUGACUCCACCUGUGAUCUGGGGUCCUUACCUGUGUCCUCAGGACUAGAGGCACUCACUCGUUGACUAGAUUUAUUAAGCUCCUGCUAUCGGCCAAGAGCUCACAACUCAGCAGUGGGACAGAAGCUUGUGGAACUUAUGUGCAGUGGGGAUCAAGGACCCAGGGACCAGGAGACCAAAGGGGAGUUGCCUUAGACUGGAGCAAGAGUCUUGAAGCUUUUGCAAAAGCUUAGGGACAGGGCAACUCAUUUGGGACCCCUCCUGUCUCCUGGGAGCUAUCUCCAUUCCCCGAUAAAUUUUCCUAUUAAAAAACAAAAAAAC